CGUAUAAAAAAACUAAAAAGUAUUGGUUCUGGUUUAUAUCUUUUAAUUUCAUCAUGGAAUUCUGUGUGUUUAAUAAUUGUAUUAACAAUCAAGUUUUGGCUUUUAAUUUUAUCACAAAUGUCAAUUGUUACCAAUCGAUCAUUUCUUAUAUUCAAUUGCACAUUACUAGAUAUAAUUCUUAAAGUUCUUAUCGCAUCAAAUGAUUGGCUUUAUGGAUGUGUCGCUGUCGAACGAGUGUUUAUCAUUUUUAAAGGUCUCAAAUUCAAUCAGGUUAAAAGUAAACAAAUGGCUAAAAGGAUGAUUGUAAUUAUAUUUCUUGUGACAAUUCUCACUCAUAUACAUGAUCCUAUUCAUCGUCGUUUAAUUGAUGAUUUCAAUGCUGAUGAAGAGCGAACUUGGUGUUUAGCUCAAUACUCUAAUGCACUUACGGGUUGUUUACGUAUAAUGUCAUCAGAGAGAGCAGGAUAGACAGCCAUCAGACAACAUCAACUUUAGAACUGUGAAUCAGACAUCGUCACAAGGCAGUUUUCUUGCCCUAUCAUGCCUUGUGUCCUACUUUGUAUUGAAAGGGACUCAUAAAAAUCUUUUGUUCUGCAUUACCCUCAGGACACGAUUUAUAAAUUGAACCUGUAGAUUAGAAUGACUGAUGAGCUGAUAAAAACUAUGUGGUCGUUUUCAAAUUUUAUUCACAUUAUGUCGAAAAAUGUCGAAAUCAAACAAGGUAUGUCAUAAAAAACAUUGCGUAUCACAAACCGUUACUCAUGUAGAAAAAACGAAAAGAAAUUUGAUUUUAAUUAAUUUUUUCUGACUGAAAAUCGAUUAAAAUGGCAUUACCUUAGUCGGAUUAUUUAAUUUUUAAUUCAUUUUAGCUGUAAUGAAUGCAUAACGCGUUUUUCUCGAAUUUAAACUUUAAAAUUCCAAUUUCUGAUUAUUUUGUUUGGACUAUCUGCCUUGAUAAAUGGUAAGUGUAAUUGUACACCAACCUUUAAUUCACAUGCAACGCUUCGAGAUACAAUGCAAUACCAAUUGAUUCUUACCUCUGUAACAAGAAUACCGAUAAAUUAGAUUAAAAUAGAUUACUUUUUAAAAUCAGUUGAUCAAAGAGAAAGAUUUCAUUCACAAAGCUCUAUCAUCAAUAAGCACAUUAUGUGUUAAUGAAGUCAACAUUUUCAGUCUCAAAUCUUAUCCUCUCAACAUGACAUUAAUUUGUCAACGCAAACAGGAUGUGACAAUAAAUUCAAAUGAUUAUAUACAAGCAAUAUUUUGCACUAUGUCUGAAACUCAGUAGAGACCUAGUCCAAUCAUCUGCUAAGUACUUUUACCCUACAUAAGAUGUUAAAAAUCGUUCAAGGAGAGGUAUCCAAAAUUGAGAAAAAGUAACAAGCGUUGUUAUAUGUGAACAGUCCGUUAAUAUCUUCAACACGUUCAUUACUCUUUUUCAUUUUCUUAUUCCUUUCUCGAUCAAUCUGAUUUCCACCAUAAUCAUUAUUAUAUCAAUAGCUCAAUCUCGUUUUAAAGCUCAACCUCGAAAAUUAUUCAAAGAACAUUUACGACAACAAUUUCAUCAACAUAAACAUCAUCUGUUUGCAUCAUGUGUAUUAGUAUUGUUAGCUUUACCUCGUCUAAUUAUAUCAUUUAUUAGUGAAUGUAUGAAGUCACCACGAGAUCCAUGGUUAUUCCUCUUUGCUUAUUUGGUUCCAUUUAUUCCAUCUAUGAUGACAUUUAUAGUAUUUGUAUUACCAGUAAAAAUUUACAAACAUGAAUUUACUACAACGAUCCAAAACAUUAUUCAAAGAACUUGGAAAAUAUGA